AUGCUGAAUUUUUUGUUUUCUAUGUCUUUAUCAUGUAGGUUUUUAGUAGACAACUUCAUCGACCUUUUCAACAGGACUGAGAUCACAUUCUUUUGUCCUCAACUCAUUUCUGAAUCUUCAAUUGAGAAUGAUUACCUUGAAACUUAUACAUAUGUGAAGAAUACAUUUUUGCAUGAAGUAAGAAAGACGGGUAAACGUUGCAAAUUCAUCGUGGCUCCAUAUGUCGCAAGUGGUCAUUGGGUUCUUGUGGUGGUCGAUCUACAAUUAGGUUUACCUUAUGAGUUUGACUCUAUGAAGCUACCUAAGGAAAAUCCACGAAAAUUGAAAAUUGCCGAGAUUAUGAUGACAGCUUAUAAAGUAUAUUGGGCGAAUCUCACAGGGAGUGAAUUGAAAUCACAAAGGCAAAAAUUGAAAUUCAUACAAAUGGAGUGUGCUCAACAACAAGGAGGCGUUGAAUGUGGCUACUACAUUAUGAGAUACAUGUAUGAGAUUGUUACUUCUCACUUGGAGUGCAAAGGUGUCUUAAAAGAGGUUAGUAGUUUUUUUUGCAAAUUUUGAAGCCUUUUUAGCUCUAUACGCUCCCAAGAGUAAGAUAAUGGUCAAUUGUUAUUGAUUUCAAUUCAUAAAAACCAAAAUAUAAGGUAAUUAAGGAUGUUUAG